AUGGAAAAUCGAACUCCAUCACCCUGGCAGUCAAUUCUGGCCGGAGGGGCUGCCGGUGGCCUCGAGAGCCUGUUGACCGAUCUCUUCGUAUGGAAGUAUCCAACAGAAUACCUCAAAACCCGCCAACAACUCCAACCCACCUCAUCCAGCAAGCCCCUCUCCCCCUGGCGACUUCUACUCAGCACCCUCCGCCAACACGGCCUAUCGCACAUGUACACCGGCAGCACGGCAUUCUGCAUCUCCAACGCCGCCAAAUCCGGCGUGCGCUUCCUCGCCUUCGAUUCCGCCCGACAGCUAAUGCCCACGGACUCCUCCGGCGCCCCAACAGCAUUGGGCACCAUGUUCGCCGGAAUGAUCGCCGGCGCAGCGGAGAGCGUAUUCGUCGUAACGCCGGGCGAAACGCUCAAGACCAAGAUCAUCGACGACCAGGCCGGGGCGCGGCGAUAUAGGUCUGCAACGCACGCGAUCCGGUCUGUGGUGGUUGCUGAGGGGGUUGCUGGCUUAUACCGGGGCGUUGUGCCGGUGACGCUGAAGCAGUCGGCGAAUGCGAUGGUGCGGUUUACGAGCUAUAGUUUCUUUCUCGGGGCGCUGCGCGAUGUGCUGGGGUCUGGGGCGUCGGUUCUUGCGGGUGCGUUGGCGGGUGUGGUGACGGUUUAUGCGACGAUGCCGUUUGAUACGCUGAAGACGCGGAUGCAGGCUGUUGAUGGGCGGGCGCGGUAUCGAGGGACGCUGGAUUGUUUGAGGGCUGUUGUGGCGAAUGAGGGCGUUGCUGUGCUGUGGCGGGGGACGACGCCGAGGUUGGCGCGGUUGAGUAUAUCCGGUGCUGUCAGUUUCAGCAUCUAUGAGAGUGUGGUCCAGUGGACAUGGUCGUUGCGGUCGGGAGGUCUUGCUGGCCUACGCGACACAUACACCAUCCGCCUGCAUCCUCAACGUGAUUUGCAUCGAAUCGGCAUUGGGGCUUCAGCGCAGGUCUACGAAGUCGAUGGUCAGAUCGUCCUGAAGACCUCUUGGGUGUUUGAACAACCGGGUAGCGAUGCCUCCGACAAUGGUCGAUGGCACUACGCUUCCGACACUCUCUUCCAAUCCAACUUGCUGCAAAACGAACAGACGGUCCUGCGCCUGCUUCAGCAACGGCCACACCCUCAUAUCAUAGAAGCCAUCGACGCCGAGCAGCCUGAAGGAAUCUACCUCCGCAGAUAUCGCCCAAUGUCUCUGGAUCAAGGCCCAUCGCCCGACCAGCUCCAUCGGAUUUGCUGGUACCGUGGUCUUACCGAUGCGCUUUGCCAUAUCCACAGCCCUGGUAUAGCCCAUGCAGAUGUACGCAUUGAGAACGUCCUUUUCGACGAAUACGGUCGUGCUAUACUCUGCGAUUUCAGCGCCUCCUGUCCUCUCGGUCAGCCGAAUCCUCCCAGCUGUUUCCCCGGACCUUCCACUUCCGGUUAA